CGAGGCGAGUUAAGGGGGGCGAGGGAGAGGUUCCAUCACUCCGCCACUCUUCUCCCCCGAGGCCGGCCAAGAUGGGGCGCCGACCAGCCCGCUGUUACCGCUACUGCAAGAAUAAACCGUACCCCAAGUCACGGUUCUGUCGUGGUGUGCCAGACUCGAAGAUUCGUAUAUUUGACUUGGGCAGGAAGAAGGCCGACGUGCGUGAAUUGCCACUAUGCGUACAUUUAGUGUCUGACGAAUAUGAACAGCUGUCAUCAGAAGCCCUGGAGGCGGGCCGCAUCUGUGCCAACAAGUACCUGGUCAAGAACUGCGGUAAGGAUCAGUUCCACGUCCGUGUUCGACUACACCCGUUCCAUGUGAUCCGCAUCAACAAAAUGUUGUCGUGUGCCGGUGCUGAUAGAUUGCAGACCGGUAUGCGUGGUGCCUUUGGCAAGCCCCAAGGCACUGUAGCCCGUGUGCAGAUUGGCCAACCUAUCAUGUCUGUACGCACCCACGACCGCCACAAGACCCAUGUUGUGGAAGCACUGAGGCGAGCCAAGUUCAAGUACCCAGGACGCCAAAAGAUCUACGUGUCUCGUAAGUGGGGCUUCACCAAGUUUGACCGUGACGAGUACGAAGAGUUGAUGGCCAGUGGCCGCCUGUUCCCUGACGGCGUGACGGUACAGUACCGCCCCGAGCACGGACCACUCUUAACCUGGAAGAAGGUCCAGCUGGAGCUGGCUGGUCUUGCCUAACUGUACUCUCAAUAAAAUGAUGAGGAUUAC